AAACUGGUUAUGCCAAAACAAGACUAGCGAGACAAUAGACGUUUCAACAACGCACGUCGUACCUAACAUUCAGUGUUGCAGUGUAGCAAUGGAGGCGACAACUUGUCCUCGGCGGUUGUGUGAACGUGACGUAAAAUCGUGCCCGUUUCAGUACUUCCGAAGAUGGACGUUAUUUAACGUUAAACGUUACAAAAGCGCUUAUUUGCUAUCGACAUGUUUGGGUUUAAUGAUUUGGCUCCUCUAACAAGAAUCGUUGCUGCAUGCAAGCGCCACUCAAAACGAAAGACCUUCAAGGAAUGAAAUAGAAAUUGUAGAGCCUAUGCAAGAUUUACUGUUGAUGAAGGGGAUUCGAGAUCGUUACGAAUUGAUGGACGAAUAUUUGAGUGAAAGCGUUAAACCAAAGAAACCAACUUUUAAGAAAAUAGUGCUCUGGAACAGCGCUAUCUUCCAGCCUGGCAAUGACUUUCGGAUUGGGCCUGGUCGCGAUAAACUAAUUAAAGUAGGAUGUCCUGUGUGGCAAUGCGAGCUGACCACCGAACGCACUGACGUCCACAACGCUGACGCCGUUGUCUUCCACUACGGCAACUGGACUACGAAGGAUUUACCGGAGCAAAGAUCACAGCACCAAUUUUACAUUUUCUGGAACAGAGAAGCUCCUAAAUGGCAACCUCAUCUCCCAUUUAAAACGGACCUAAUGGCGGAUUUCUUCAACUGGACAAUGACCUAUCGAUGGGACUCAGACGUAGUGAUGCCUUACGGUUACAUAAAACCCAUUGGGCACGUUCCCCUGCAUCCUAGCGACGCUCAGAUGCAGCUUUAUUUAUCCAAGCCAACAGAAUCUGUCAAUUACGCAGAUGGCAAGACGAAAAUGGCCGCUUGGUUGGUAUCCAAUUGCAGAACGGUAGCCGGUAGAUGGGAGCUUGUCAAAGAGCUGCAAAAGUACGUUGACGUCGACGUGUACGGCAAUUGUGGAAACAUGCCCUGCCCGAGGACUGAUGAAUUUCAUUGUAGAGACCUCGCUACGAGACAGUACAAGUUCUACAUGUCACUGGAGAACACUUUGAGCACCGACUACGUCACUGAAAAGUUUUUCAACACACUGCAUCACCGCGUGAUUCCCAUCGUUUUCGGCCUUCACGACAAUCACGAGAAAAUCGCUCCAAGGCAUUCGUUCAUCAACGCGGCUAAAUUCGAAAAUGUUAAACAAUUGGCCAAUUAUAUGAUGUUGCUCGAUAAAAACGAUACGUUGUACAAUCAAUACUUUUGGUGGAAACCGCAUUUUAAGAUACUAAACCGUGCAGAUCAUCAAAAUGUGGGCUAUUGUCACCUGUGCGCCGCCCUCCACAACAGAACUCUAAUCCCACCGAAAGUGUACCACAACAUGACCGAAUGGUGGGCCGCGAAAGCGAAAUGUGUCCUCACGCCACAAAUAAUUUGAAAGAAUAACAUCUAUGCCGAAUCAAUAUUUAACUGUAUCAUUGCAACUCACCAUAUUUUAUGUUUGUGCACUGAGAAAACUGGGCGGAAUUACAUCCAAGAACGACACGGCCAAUUCAGAUCA